AUGGAACGCGGCCUUAGUAAGCAUCUCCAUGAACCGUCAUGCUUCGACGGCGACGACGUCUUCCUCACUCUGUCGUGCGGCUCGUCCUCAUCCUCCUCCUCGGAGGCAGCAGCAGCCACGCCGGCGGCGCAGCUAGCGCCGCCACGUGUGCUACCUCUACCUGGUCGCCGUCGCCGGCGGCGAGGGAAGCAGGCGUCGUCGUCGUCGUUCGAGUGCCGGACGUGCGGGCAGGAGUUCCCGACGUUCCAGGCGCUGGGCGGCCACCGGACCAGCCACCUCAGGCGGCCGGCGACGACGACCAAGAAGAGACCGCGGUCGUCAAAGGCGGUGCUGGUCCACGCGUGCUCGGCGUGUGGGCUGGGCUUCUCCACGGGCCAGGCCCUUGGCGGCCACAUGAGGAGGCACCGUGGUGGGGCUGGGGAAAGUACUACUACUACUACUACCGAAGAGGAGGUGGAAGGCAGUGGUGGGCCUGAUUCGGGCUAUGCUAUGGACCUCGCACGGGCCGUCGUGCUACAUGAGAGGCCCAGGUCAACGGCCUCCUUGCAGCUGCUCGACUUGUUCGUUUAA